AUGAAGGUUAAACAAAUUUCAUUAGAAGAAACAACUGAAGCAAUCUCUAAUUUCAUUGAAGAAUUAAGAACUAGACCCACAACCAAUAUCUCUAUUCUUUCAAAAUAUGAUAUUUUAUUAAAUGGUCUUCGUGCAUCUCCAGAAAAUGAAAAAACACCAUUUAUUGAUUGUGAAUUACCAUUUUCAAUUUCAUUAUAUCCACAUCAUUUAAAAAAUAUUAAAGGGUCAAUUCAAGAGAUUAUUGAUAGUUAUCUUUUAACUUCUUAUGUUAAUGGUACUUUCCAAGGAAUAAUUAUGUCAUAUAAAAACUUCAAAGUUCCUGAAAAAACUAAAACUUCUUUUGAUUCUGGUAUUCUUACUAUUCGUUUAAAAUUAAAUUGUAUUGUCUUUAGACCAGUAAUCAAUACGUACUUGAUUGCUACUGUAUGUCAAAAAAGUUUCGACCAUAUAGCAUUAUUGGUAUAUGGCAUUUUUAAUGUAAAAGUAAGUACUGAUCUUGUUCGUGAACGACUAUCACCUAAAUUACAAAUUGAUGUAUUAGCACGUUUUAAAAUUCGUGGAAUGAAUUUCAACCAUAACCCACCUAUUAUUGAAGGUGAAAUGAAUGAUUCUCAUUGCAAAAUUUUAAAAGUAGAAUAA